UUAAUCUACAGCAACUUCAUCACAGUAUUUCUUUCAAGAAAAAACACACAAGAAACUGGAUGUACAGAGAUGAGGAUAGGAAGUAAAGAGUGGCUGCAAAGAAACAUUGGAAUUUUUUUAAACUUUGCAACUCUUCAGGAAAUUAAAAGAUUUAACAACAACUUCUCUGCUAUUGAAGUGCUUGAAGAGCUUUCACCACAACAGAAGGCUGAGCUAAUGCUGGACCCAGACAGCGGGGCUUUGGAUGAUGCAAACUUCGUAAGGGAGGUGCUCACCAAUUUGAAACUGUCAACCGGAGACGAACAGCUCAGUCAGUUUUUCCAGACCUUUGUGCAAAUCAGCAAACAGAAAAACAUGACCUUCAUCAUAAACACAGCUGUACGAGACACCAUAUUGAACAUAAGCCUGACGGCCCUCGCGCCGGCAUUUGAGGGCUUUGGACCACAGGAAUUUCAGCUUUGGUUCCACGUCUACCUUGUUCCUGUAAUACCAAGCCUCCGUCCUGACUACUUGUGGGUUAUUCCGAGGGACAUCAGCUGUACAUCCUACGCGGCCAUACUGACUGGUCUUCAGAAAACGUUGACGUUUCUGCUGCCAAUGGAGCUGUCAAUGGGCAUCAAAUCAAGUAUGGAGUUCCUGAGAGAGACCUUCCCACGCUGCUCAACAUCAUAUUCCUUCACGUGCAAGGAGACAGCUGUUGAUGAGAACCUCAUCUGUGCUGCAGUCAAUAGAUCACAGCUCCAACAAACACUGGCAACCGACAACUCCUCUACAGCUCUGUGCUCUUUUACCAUCACUGAACAUGCCUGUUCUGUGGCUGACCAGCUUGCAGCGCAAAGCCUGGCCACACUGUUAAAAUGCUCGUUGGAAAGCCAUACGACAUACCCGGUGGAAGUCUGGAAGCUCUUCUUUCAAAAAGUCUCUCCCGCUCUGGAUGAGGCUCUUGAGACGUUUGCCACCGUGACCCCCAACAACAGCAGCCCAGCCGUAUCGAACGCCCUUGAUGCCCUGAGAGAGGCGAGACUAGCCAACCUCAGCAAUGCACAGCUACAGAGUGGCACUUUCAUUGGUGAUCUGGUCCAGCGAAACAUUGGUCCGUUCCUGGCCUCCCCAUCCACAAACUUCCUGUUCUGCCUUAGCUCCUACAACUUCAGCUGCCUGACCUACCAGAUUGUUGUCAAGGGGUUAAGCAACCAAAGGGAGCUCAUGAACAGCAGCAAGCAACAGGCAGUCUUUACUUAUUUCAUCAAACCAUUCCUUUCAAGAGUGGGAACACCAGAUGCUGGCUGCACCUCAUCUACUAAUGGGAGUCAGGAAUGGCUACAGGCAAACCUUGGCGGCUUUGCUUCUUUUGCAACCAUCCAAGAGUUGCAAACCCUCAACCCACACUUGUCUACUACUGAAGUAUUGUCAGAACUGGCUCCCUCUCAAGUGGCACAGCUUCUUAUGAGCGUAGGGAGCUCAGACGCCACCACUCUUAUUGAUCUUGUCUUUGAGCGACUUGAAAAGGGUGACGCUCUUGAAAACCUAGAUGACUUCCUGACGCAGCUCACGCUAAACGGACAGGUUCCACAAUUCCAGACGGCCGUUCGAGAUGCUGUGAUGACCAGAGCCUUUUACAUCCUAAGCCUACGUUUCUCAACCUUCAGCAAAGAAGAUUUUUAUCUUUGGUUCCAUGUGAAACUGGUUUCCAUCCUUGCCAGUUUCACUCCACAGAUGCUACACAGCACAAUAUCCAGCCUGAGCUGCACAAACUACCAUGUUGUUGUGGGAGGGUUCGCCAAAGUGUUUCCUGCCAUACCCCCGCGCAGACGGCAAGAGAUCACCAAUGUUCUGCUGGGCUAUCUGAAAAGCUCUGCCAGCGUCAUCAACAAGCCCGUUUGCAGGCUGACAAUGGAGACUGAUGUCGAAUGGAUGGUAACAAACUUGGGUCCCUUCUCGCAAUACGCAACCUACUCUGAUCUCAAAGCCUUCAACCUCUCUCAGGUCAACAUCGUAGGUGUUCUCACACCACAACAGAAGGCUGAGCUAAUGCUGGACCCAGACAGCGGGGCUUUGGAUGAUGCAAACUUCGUAAGGGAGGUGCUCACCAAUUUGAAACUGUCAACCGGAGGCGAACAGCUCAGUCAGUUUUUCCAGACCUUUGUGCAAAUCAGCAAACAGACCCCCAACAACAGCAGCCCAGCCGUAUCGAACGCCCUUGAUGCCCUGAGAGAGGCGAGACUAGCCAACCUCAGCAAUGCACAGCUACAGAGUGGCACUUUCAUUGGUGAUCUGGUCCAGCGAAACAUUGGUCCGUUCCUGGCCUCCCCAUCCACAAACUUCCUGUUCUGCCUUAGCUCCUACAACUUCAGCUGCCUGACCUACCAGAUUGUGUAA